AUGCUCCUCGUCAUGGUUGACCCUUUCCCACAGCUGGGCGUUCACAGCCUUGAAGCUCUGCGGGGGGUGACCAUGGUGGAGCUGGUGAAGAAAGAAGGCAGCACACUGGGACUCACCAUCUCAGGAGGAACCGACAAGGAUGGGAAGCCACGGGUAUCGAACCUACGGCCUGGGGGGCUGGCGGCCAGGAGCGACCAGCUGAACGUUGGUGACUACAUCAAGUCGGUGAACGGCAUCAAUCUGACCAAGCUGCGGCACGAGGAGAUCAUCAGCCUGUUGAAGAACGUGGGAGAGAGAGUUCUGCUGGAGGUGGAGUAUGAGCUGCCCCCUACAGCACCGGACAGCUCCUCAGGGCUCAUUUCAAAGACAAUCGACAUCUGUUUGCACAAAGAGGGGAACAGCUUCGGCUUCGUGAUGAGAGGUGGUUCACAAGAGGACUGGCACAGAUCACGCCCCCUGGUGGUCACCUACGUGAGGCCAGGCGGCCCUGCAGACAGAGAGAGCACGUUGCGUCCCGGGGAUCGUCUCCUCAGUGUGGACGGCGUCCCACUGCACAACGCCAACCACAGCGACGCCCUCACCGUGUUGGCCCAGUGCGGCCAGGAAGCCCUGUUCCAGAUAGAGUACGACGUCACCAUCAUGGACACGGUGACGAACGCCUCCGGGCCGCUGUUAGUGGAGAUCGCGAAGUCGCCAGGAGCAACUCUGGGAAUCACGCUGACGUCGGCCAAUCACAGGAACAAGCAGGUCAUCGUCAUCGACCGGGUGAAGCAUGGCAGCGUGGUGGACAGAUGUGGAGCGCUGCAUGCUGGGGAUCACCUGCUGUCCAUAGACGGGACGUCCACAGAGCACUGCACCGUCCUGGAGGCGACGCAGCUCAUAGCCAGCACCACAGAACUGGUCAAACUGGAAGUGCUCCCGUCCCAUCAAACCAGGCUCGCUGGGAAACAGCACGACACAGUGAAGGUUCAAAAGUCGGACCACCCCCACUCCUGGGACCCCUGUGUGAACUACUGUCACCCUCUAAACUCCACCCUCUGCAACACGAGCUCCACCCUCAACAAGUCGUGGACCGCCUCCAACAAUAACACCAUCAACAGCCUCGACUACUGCAAAUCUCUGGUAUCUGCCAGUUUCUCUCCCGGCUCUACGACCACGUCCGGCCCGAGCAGCCAGAGCUCCAGCACCUUGCCCCGGCCCACGGUUCCCAUGAGUCCACGCAACUCGCUGCUCAAACGCCGGCAGAGGAAGAAAGAGCACAAGAGCUCCUUGUCCCUGGCGUCCAGCUCGGUGGGUCCGGGGGGGCAGGUUGUCCACGUGGAGACCAGCGAGGUGGUUUUAAUGGGCGACCCGCUCAACGGCUUCGGUGUCCAGCUGCAGGGGGGGAUAUUCGCCACUGAAACACUGUCUGCACCCCCGCUCAUCCGAUUCAUCGAGCCCGACAGCUCUGCAGAGAGGUGUGGCCUGCUCCAGGUGGGAGACCGCCUCCUGUCAAUCAACGGGAUCCCCACAGAGGACGGGACACUGGAGGAAGCCAAUCAGCUUCUCCGAGACGCGGCUCUGACCAACAAGGUGUCGCUGGAGAUAGAGUUCGACGUCGCAGAGUCUGUGGUGCCCAGCAGCGGCACCUUCCACGUCAAGCUGCCGAAGAAGAGAGGCGUGGAGCUGGGGCUCACAAUCAGUGCCAGUAAGAAGCCAGGAGAGCCCCUCAUCAUCUCUGACAUCAAGAAGGGCAGCAUGGCCCACAGAACAGGAACACUGGAGCCGGGUGAUAAACUCUUGGCCAUCGACAACGUCCGCCUGGAGAACUGCUCCCGAGACGACGCCGAGCAGAUCCUGCAGCAGUGUGAGGAGCUCGUCAAGCUGAAGAUCCGCAAAGACGAAGACAACUCAGAUGAGCAGGAGACGUCGGGCAGCAUCAUCUACACGGUGGAGCUGAAGCGGUACGGAGGCCCUCUGGGUAUCACCAUCUCAGGCACCGAGGAGCCCUUUGACCCCAUCAUCAUUUCAGGCCUAACCAAGAGAGGCCUGGCUGAGAGGACCGGGGCGAUCCACGUCGGGGACCGGAUCCUGGCGAUCAACAGCGUCAGUCUGAAAGGCAAACCGCUGAGCGAGGCCAUCCACCUGCUGCAGAUGGCCGGGGAGACGGUCACCCUGAAGAUCAAGAAGCAGCUCGACAGUGAGUACUCGGAGGAGAGGAAAGCAGCGGAUGCAGAGGACACGACAGAGAACGAGCUGAGCGACCCCGACGAGGACGAUUUGACGGACAGCCAACAGACCAGCAAGAUGUCCGAGCUCUACUCCACCACCAUUCCCAGCGUGGACUCUGCCAUGGAGUCCUGGGACGGCUCGGGGAUGGACGCGGGCUACGGCAGCCAGGGCACGUACAGUAACCAAGCUGUGGGCAUCACGCUCCACCCGCACGAGUGGCGCAGUGUGAAGCAGCAGCAGCAGCAGCGCGGCGCCACGCCUCCUCCUGGACACCGGAAGAACUACCCCUUCAGCGAUGGAGGGUUCAGUGAAGACGACUGGGACAAACCACCGGGGUUCAUCGGCCAACCGCCGGACGGAAUUCUGUUGGAUCCCGAGGACAGCUUCUGGUGUCAGGCGCUCGAGGACCUGGAGACCUGCGGCCAAUCGGAGCUGCUCAGAGAGAUCGAGGCGUCCAUCAUGACAGGCACGGCCAUCAGUCUGGGCGUGGACGGCGUCAACAAGCCUCCACCUGAGCCGCUACUGAGCCACAACAGGAUGAGCCCCCUGCGGAGAAAUUCUCUCCUGCACCAGGGGAACCUCCUGCACCAGGGCACGCACCUCCACCAGGGGGCCCACCUGCAUGAGGAGGCCCACCUGCACGAAGAGGCCCAGCUUCACCAAGAAUCCCUCCUGCGCCAGGAGAUCCAUUUCAACCAGGAGGCCCUGCUGCACCACGACAACCAGUCCCCUCUCCUGCACCACGAUCCCAGACCCAAGGCGUCCCUGAGGGUGUCGGAGAGGACGUGGGAGUCCCGACGGAUUAAAGAGGAGAUGCAGGGCAUUCUGUCCCCGACGCCUCUGGAGCUGCACAAAGUGACGGUGAUAAAAGACCCAGAGAGCGACGACUUCGGCUUCAGCGUGUCGGACGGUUUCUUGGAGAAAGGAGUUUACGUGAACAUGAUCAGACCUGAUGGACCCGCCGACCGAGCCGGGCUCAGACCCUAUGACAGGAUCCUGCAGGUGAACCACGUGAGGACGAGGGACUUCGACUGCUGCCUGGCGGUGCCUCUGAUAACAGAAGCAGGAGACCGACUGGAGCUGGUCAUCAGCCGCAACCCACUGGCCAACGACGACCUGGAGGACAAUAACAACACUUUGGACCGUCCACUAGACCUGUAACACACACACACACACACACAAACACACACACACACACACACACAAGGAACCGGAGACGGAUCUGCAGACACACACAUCCACUGUGUCUCACUCAGCCAGGAGACAAAGUAGUGGAAACUUACAGUAUAUCUGGAACUGGCCCAAACGCUCACACACACACACACACACACACACACACACACACACACACACACACACACACAUACAAUCCAGCAGCUUGCAAUAAUUCUACGAAAGCGGGGCCAGAGAGUGAGCAGAGAAUCCACCAGAGGCUCCUGACGACUCUCGUUGCUGCUCGAGCACAAACGACCACGAACCUGGGACGUUAAAAAAAACAACAUUUUAACUGAUACACAUUGUUUUUGUUUUUUAUCUUAAAACAAACCUGAAAUUUGAGCAAAGUGAUUUCAGCUGCGUUUUCAACGUGAGACCACAGCUUCCCAGUAAGAAAGUCCCAGUGCUGAUGGUUCCAGACGAAUCUGCCUUAUUACACAUUCUAGGAAUUUUCAAGUGCACCUGAAGUGAUGAAGAGAACACGGCCUUGCUUAGGUUUCAGAUUUAGUUUUGGGUGAUGUUUACAUUGUGUCUGUACAGAUGUGGCCAUAUUGUUGCUCACGUUCUGCUCAAAUAUUCUGGCUCCCGAGAGUCAUUUCCCUGGAAAAGGUGGAGUUGAGCUGUUUUUCCAGGUGUCCAGUCCUGUAGUCGGACUUCUGAAUCGGACGUUGCUCAUCAAGUCACCACGCUGAAAAUCUGAGUUUACGCCAUCAUCACAUGGUCGAGACAACGGUGUCAACUGCCGAACUCUCUGGCAGCUGUGGUCAUUAGAUAACAACUCGUGUGUGUAGCACUUCUGAGAAAUCCAGUAGAACAGGAAACAGGGACCGAGCCGUUCACAGUUAAAGCUUGUGAGCUCGAUAGAAGCAGAUGGCAGAUGAAACGAAAAGCCAACGUGUUUAUCCAACUUGGUUAAUCUUUACAUUAGAGAAACAAACAUGUUGCAUAAGAGCCGUUGGUAAUACCCACUGGCAAACAUCAGAACUCGCCUGGGCAGGAGAUGACAGCGCUUAAGACCAGUGCUGACCCGGGAACACAUCCACUCUCCUAGCGAGCUUACUGUUGAAGAACUGCGAUGUUUCUACAUCUUCUGCAAGAUGCAAUUUAUCAUCGAUGCUUCCCACUUGCACUGGUAAAACUUUCAGGCAUAACUGAGCAGGAGCAUAGUGGCUGCUGCACAUUCUUCUACGACUAGAGUCACACAAAAAAGCAACUUCAUAACAGGAAGUAACAGGUUUCCAGUGUUAAAGGAAUAGAUGCUCACAAUUAUCAUCACUCUCACUACAGAGAUCCCAGGUAUAGAUGACGGUAUCGUCUGCAAACAGUGGGACUGGAUCUGUCAGGUGGAAGAUGAAGCACCAAGUUGUUCAGACUCGCAGCUUGUCACACAGACACACACACACACACACAGAUGAGGGCCAGUAUGCUGUGUGUAUGUGAUUUAACAUUUGUUCAUGUUCCUGGAUGUUUGCUGAACUUGGUGUGUCAAAAAAUACAAUACAGAGUACGGUACAUAGUAUAGUACAUAGUAUAGUACAGAGUACAGUACGGUACAGAGUACAGCAUAGUACAAAGUACAAUAACACAUGCGCUGUGUCUUAAAUCAUCCACUUAUUCACAAACACUUACUUUACUAUAGAGAGACUUCUGU